AUGUUGGAAGAAGUUAAAGAACUCAAAUCUGGUGGAGUUUUUGAAAGGGUGGCUGGGAGAUCCUACGGUAGCUGUGGUGGUGGAGAGGCCUCUACAGUCGAAUAUUGUUGGUCAAGAAAAAAUUUUGAAAAGGCAUGGAACCAUCUCAUGGAUGAUGGAACCGAGAUUAUGGGUCUCUACGGUAUGGGUGGAGUAGGAAAAACAACUCUUCUCGAACGGAUCAACAAUAAGUUUAAGGUGCAAAUGAUGGGUUUGAAAAAGUCAUUUAUGUUGUGGUUUCCAGCAACUACGGGUCGAGAAGAUUCAAGAUGA